CUCUUAAAUCCAUCCGCUCUUCUGUUUUUACGCAAGAGAUUGGAAGAAACAAACAAACCGAGAGCAGCGAGCAAGAAAAGUAGCUUGUCUUCGCCGGUAUUUUACAUUAUUUAAAAUAAUUCUCAGAUACACUUGGGGAACGACGGAACUACAAUGAUAAGGGCUGUGGAUGUUGAGCUGAUUGUGCUGCUCGCCGUGUCUCUGUCGUGUAGGAGCGCCUCUGGAGGGUACGGGAUGAGCAUGUUUGCAGCACAGACCUCUCCCCCGGAUCCCUGCUACGACGAACACGGCAACCCGCGGCGCUGCAUCCCGGACUUCGUCAACUCCGCCUUCGGAAAGGAAGUGAGGGUUUCCAGUACCUGCGGCAAGACACCGAGCCGCUACUGCGUGGUGACAUCUGCUGAGAAGGGAGACGAUAGGACCAGGAACUGUCACACCUGCGAUGCCUCCGACCCCAAGAAGUAUCACCCACCAGCUUACCUAACGGAUCUUAACAACCCUCACAACCUCACCUGCUGGCAGUCCGAGAACUUCAUCCAGUACCCGCAAAAUGUCACCCUGACUCUGUCCCUCGGGAAGAAGUUUGAGGUAACAUAUGUGAGCUUGCAAUUCUGCUCGCCCCGACCCGAAUCCAUGGCUAUUUACAAGUCCAUGGACUAUGGUAAAACUUGGGUACCCUUUCAGUUUUACUCUACCCAGUGCAGGAAGAUGUACAAUAAGCCCAACAGAGCUGUUAUCACAAAGCAGAACGAACAGGAGGCAGUCUGCACGGACUCCCACACCGACAUGUACCCUCUGACCGGCGGACUCAUCGCCUUCAGCACGCUGGACGGCAGACCGUCGGCGCACGACUUUGACAACUCCCCGGUGCUGCAGGACUGGGUAACAGCCACUGACAUUAAAGUCAUCUUCAGCAGGUUGCACACUUUCGGCGACGAGAACGAGGACGACUCUGAACUGGCCCGGGACUCUUACUUCUACUCAGUGUCGGACCUGCAGGUCGGAGGGAGAUGCAAAUGCAACGGACACGCAUCUCGGUGCGUAAAGGACCGAGACGGGAAUCUGGUGUGUGAGUGUAAGCACAACACCGCCGGGCCCGAGUGCGACAGGUGCAAGCCUUUUCACUACGACAGACCGUGGCAGAGAGCCACAGCCAGGGAGGCCAAUGAGUGUGUCGCCUGUAACUGUAACCUUCAUGCCCGAAGGUGUCGCUUCAACAUGGAGCUCUACAAACUAUCGGGAAGGAAGAGUGGAGGAGUGUGUCUCAACUGUCGCCACAACACAGCAGGUCGCCACUGCCACUAUUGCAAGGAGGGCUACUACAGAGACCUGUCGAAACCUAUCUCACACAGGAAAGCCUGCAAAGCAUGUGAUUGCCAUCCCGUGGGUGCUGCUGGCAAAACCUGUAACCAAACCACAGGACAAUGUCCCUGUAAAGAUGGCGUGACUGGUAUCACGUGCAACCGCUGUGCUAAAGGCUACCAGCAGAGCCGCUCGCCCAUUGCCCCCUGCAUAAAGAUUCCAGUCACACCUCCUACAACCCCAUCCAGCAGCACAGAGGAGCCAUCAGACUGCGACUCUUACUGCAAGGCAUCUAAAGGCAAGCUUAAAAUCAAUAUGAAGAAGUACUGCAAGAAAGAUUACGCUGUCCAGGUUCACAUCCUGAAAGCAGACAAAUCCAGUGAGUGGUGGAAAUUUACUGUCAACAUCAUCUCCGUCUACAAGCAGGGCGAGAGCCGCAUCCGCCGUGGGGACCAGUUUCUGUGGGUCCGUGCCAAAGACGUGGCCUGCAAGUGUCCGAAAAUCAAGCCUGGGAAGAAGUACUUGAUGCUGGGAAAUGAUGAGGUCUCUCCUGGCCAGGGUGGAGUGGUGGCAGAUAAAGGUAGCCUGGUUAUCCAGUGGAGGGACACGUGGGCACGCAGGCUCAGGAAGUUCCAGCAGCGCGAGAAGAAAGGCAAGUGCAAGAAGCCAUAGGAGGGAUAAGAUGGAGACGAUUCUGAAGAGGGAGAUGUUUUCAAGGAAAAAAAACAAAAAAAAAGCUGAGCUGGCAAAUAUAUUAAAAAAUAAAUAAAUGUAAAGAGUGGAAGAGUGACAGACAAAAGGACCAUGGACAGAAAAGAGACUGUUUAUGUCGCUGCUUUUUUUGCGUAGAAGCAUGAAGAGAAUUAUUUAGGAUGAAUUUUGUUUUUUUCAGCUGAACUUUUGUUGAAGGAGCUCACCUGGCAGAUUUGGUUUAUUUUACGCUGAGAUUCCUCUCUCUUGUGGAUUUGCACCUAUUACCAGUAUAUAUCAUUGUUUGUUUUUCUUCUCAUUAUCCCAUUAUGAAAUCAUUAUAUUUUAUGUUUGAAUUUUAUGGACAUUUUUCUGCUGUUGCAAAAAUGACAAAAAAAAAAGCCACUUAACUACCGCUGCAACUUUGCCUCUGCAUGUUGUUUUUGAAAAUUGUAUUCUUAGCUGAGAAGUGAGCUUGUUUCAACAAAAGAAUUCACUGUCGAGUGGCAAUUGAGGCAGUAAUAUGUAUUUCCUUUACUGAAAUUUGUGCCAUAAAUACUAUUGUUUCUAAGCCACAGAAAUGCAUACAUUUAGCUGUGAAUGACUUGCCAUUCUUUUCCUCUCUGAAUUUAGGUAUAUUAUGCAACUCGAGCAGCACUGAAUCACAUGUUCUACAUUUUUCAUCUGUCGGGACUUUUACAGAUUUACAACAUGCAAGUGACAGAAUAGAAUCUAGGACAGCAGUGGCUUUUGCAUGUUUGACCUAAUCAAUCCUGAGCAUCAACCGAGGCCCCUCAGACUUCAAUGAUUACACUUUGGUAGUUAAGCAUUUGCCUAAACCUGCAUGCGAGACUGUAAUGUUCACUAAAUAGUGCUGCUUGUGAUACUGUACUAAUGUUAAAGUUAAAUCUGGGAGAAGAAAGAAAAUCUAAAAUCACAGAUUUUACCUUUAGUAUUUACAAUAACUGUGAUAUUUGUUUUUUCUUGUUUAUCUCACAAAUCAAAUAGAAGUUUUAACAAGUGGCUUGGGAAUGAGAAGCCAGUCACAUUUUAUUGAUAAGUUCUUUACAAAAAAAUCUUCAUUUGUUUAUGGGAAUAGUUAAUAGACAUUAAUAAUACCACUUAUAUGUAACUCUUUAGUAGUUACAUUUUUUUUUAAUUGCCUUUCAACAGCAGUGCUCGCUCUAUCACAAAUGAUCAGAACUGUGAAACUUACCCAGUAUAGGCUAUUGUUUGAAAUGGAUGCAAUAUUAAAAUUGUGCGGGUGAAAGUGCAGCACUGCAGCCGCUGGUACUGCAUGUUCUCAGAGAAUACUGACAAAGACAUAUAGUAUGACACAAGUCCAACAAUGCAAAUAUUUAUAUCAUUUACCUCUUCAGACACGCCUGCUUUUAAACCAACUUAUGGAAAACUUGCCAGAGUACGUCAAAAUCUUUCACAAUUGGUAUGAGUAGGACAAAGGAUUAAAAUAUUUUAACUGACACCCCCCGCCUCUUACGACCACUAAAUCUGAAAAGAUGUAUUUGUCUGUGGAGCAAGUUGCUAAUUUUUUCAACUUAAAUCUACACAGGCUGCAUAAAGCACUGAGUGGACACAAUAAAAUGGUAACUGUCUUACCUUAUGUGGCAAAGAAAUGAAUCCUUAUAGUGAUGAAAAUUUUAAACUUACUGCACCUUAAGAAAGUGCUCACCACUAUUACCUAAAUUUACUUUUAAAAAUCCACCUCAUGGUGGCUUGUAUCCGUCUGUAGUGCUUCCUACAGUACCGUGGGAGUGCAGAUAAACCCAUUUACAGCCCACACUCUUGCAGAACAGAAUGGAUGACUGUAUACUCAUUAAAAGAAAAUAACCAGUCAGAAACUGCAGCCUCCCACUGACCUGCCACGCUAAUUCUCUUCACGUCAAUGCUUGCAAAGGGAUAACGGGGUGCAUUAGAAGAACUUGUCGCUGCUUGAUUCAAACCACUUUGUUUAUUUGUGUGCAGCUCAGUUUGGAUUUCUCCAAGGAAUGCAUGGUUAAAAAUGCUCAGGUUUAUAAAAAGCCCAAAGUGUAUCUGAUUUAACUUUUUUCUUCUUUUUUUUUUUUUAAGGCCAAACCACAACACCAUGAGCACCGUUGUUUGUGAAACAACAAAUAAACAUUUCUCUCACAAAAUUAAAAAUUAAAACUCUUUCCAAAACCUUUUCCAAGGCUCAAGUCAGUGUAAAGCGGGAUUUAAAUUAAUUUAUAUACAAGGUUUUAAAACUUUCAUAAAAUGGAGAUAAACAUUUGAUUCCAUUAUCUUAGAAACAGCCUCAAUUUUCUAUUUUACUUAAUAAAGUAAAACUCCUAGAUGAUGGCAAAUUGAGUAUAUUUAACUGUGACACUUCAAACAUCCAGAUGACUGUACCAGUCGUUUGACAUUUAGUGUAUUUUUUUUUUCGUUAAUUGAACCACCAAUUUAAUAUUUAUGAUUAAUAUCCAACAUGCUGCUACAUGAUGGUAGCUUCUUGGCUUCUCCAACACUGAUUGUCACAAUAUUUACAUACACACAAUACUUUUGCACAGUCCUGCAUUUCAUUGUUAAACAUAACAAUGUCCUUUUUUUUUACUAUUUUUAUUUGGCACAGUGUACUCUGAAAUGACACGACUCUAGUCUCUAUAGCUUCAAGCUGUAAAUUUUACAUGUCUCCUGAGCAAUGGUUUGACAAGCUUCCAGAUGAAAUGCUAUAUACACAUACACGUCAAAGCAUUGCUUUGUGUUCAUACUAUGAAUUGUAAAUGUUGUCUUCACCAUUGCAAAGUCUUUUGCAAUGUUGUUUUACAAUGCCUACUAAUAUAUUAUGGUUAUUAUAUAUGAAUAUAUUUAAUGACAAGACA